GAAACUGAAAGUGCUGCAGGAGCGGCUGCUGCUGCUUCAGGCCCGAGAGAUUAUUUCACCUUCAACUGUGCGGAGAGGAGGGCAAUCAGGUGGCGGUGGUAGGCAGACGAAGAGAGUGAGCUUUAAAACAGUGCGACAUGAACGGAGGAGUGGGCUGGGUCCCUUCGGAAGAAGUGAUCGAUCUCACCAGAGGACCGUCAGGAUUGGGCUUUAACAUUGUUGGUGGGAUGGAUCAGCAGUACAUUGCCAACGACAGUGGCAUCUACGUCAGCCGGAUCAAAGAAGAUGGGGCUGCUGCCCUUGAUGGCCGAUUACAGGAAGGAGACAAAAUUUUAGCGAUUAACGGCAGGGACCUGAAGAACUUGCUGCACAAGGAUGCUGUGGAACUGUUUAGGAAUGCAGGCUGCGACGUUUCUCUGAAAGUUCAACACAGGUUGCAGCCACAGAAUGGUCCAGCUGGUCACAGAGGAGAUGGAGAACCAGAUGGUAUUCCCCUAGCUGUCAUUUUGGUGCCAGUGUUGGCCAUUGCAGUGGUUACAGUGUGGGCCUUCAUGAGGUAUCGACAGCGGAUGUGAAAGAUUCCCCAAAGGACACUUUGUUAUACAAAUGUUUAGAAUGCCACAGGAUGACUGGCUGGAGAUGUUCUUCUGUAGUGGUUCAAUGAAGGCCCUUGUGCUAUAGUAUUUGACAUUCCCAUAGUAUUGUGAAGAAUCCUAGCAUGCUGCACCAGCGAUAUACAUAAAGCAUCCCUUACUUCAGGCACAGCAAGAGGAGAGCAUGAGGGAGAAGUUUGCCCAAGGUUCCUAAAGCAAACCUCUGCUCUUGCUAAAAGUACUGUGAAAUUUUGGCAGCUGUAUGUGCAAAGGGGAUGGUUUGUGCCUGCAGUUCCGUGGUCAAUGGCUUGAUUAUGCAUGCAAAGCAGAUAAACAUGAUUAUCCACAACAAGGUGCCCAACUAACCACGAUCAAGGCUGUACAUUUGUGAGUCUAGAUCUCUACUCAAACAUUUGGCCACCUGUCCAUGCAGAGGAAAUAGAACCUCUUGUUUAAGGUAGCACUUCUGUCAGAAUAACUUGGCCAUUUUGAACUUAAUGGUUCUUCAGACAAGAAUGUCCACUAGUAACUGGAUUGUUUUUUUAUACAGCACCGUUCACCAGUAGAAGCUACCCAUGAGAAUGAAACUACAAUAUAAAUAAGUUACAAACUCUCACCAGGAAAGAAAACACUACUUUUCAGAUUAGAUUGAAAAAGCAACAGUUUUAUGUUUGUGAAACUUGCAGGGAGCAUGAAUCUAUCAACUGGAUGUACAGAAGUUUGGUACUUGGGGGAGGAAUAGCUCAGUGGGUUGAGCAUUGGACUGCUAAACCCAGGGUUGUGAGCUCAAUCCUUGAGGGGGCCAUUUAGGGUCUGGGGCAAAAAUCUGUCUAGGGAUUGGUCCUGCUUUGAGCAGCGGAUUGGAUUAGAUGGCCUCCUAAGGUCCCUUCCAACCUUGGUAUUCUAAGAUAGAAAUGGGCAAACAGUUGGCAAACCAUUGCUGGAACAGAAGAAAAUGGUGUUACAGUCUAAGUCACUAGCAGGAAUUGCAAAAUAAUUCUUAGUUUGACAGUCAUUUGUAUCAGCAGGCAAUGGCAUAAGAAGGAUAUAGUUCCAUAAGGAGAUAAUGGAGAGCAAAGGAGCUUCAACUGUGACACAAUGCCCUUCCUUCCCCUCCCUGUGGCCAACUGUGAUCUGUGGAGUCUGAAAUAUGUCCUAUAACUACUCUCCAGUUGUAUAUCCAACACAUACUGGCCCACAGAGAGUAAUAGGGCAAGCUGGAGUUACACCAGGCAUGAACUGAACCCAUGAACAAAGUGCUGUGUACCACCAAUUCCUGUGGCAGCUGCUCUUUUUUCCUUUGGCCAUUGUUAGUAAAUUCCACCAAAAAGCAAUUUCUUUUUAUAAAAGAUGAUGCAACUAAAAGCAGAUAUUGGGUAGGGUCUCUAAAUAUGUGCCUUUGUCAGUUAAGAGUAUCUAUCUGGCUCCCCGUUAUCUGCUAAGGAGACCUAUCAGCUUCUGAAUACCUCAAGGGUAUGUUUACACUGCAAUUAAAAACCUGUGGCUGGCCUAUGUCAGGUGACUGAGGCUUGGGGGGCUGCUCAGUUGGGGCUCUGGGACCCUGCAAAGUGGGAGGGUCCCAGAACUUGGCCUGCAGCCUGAGCCCAACCAUUUGCACUGCAAUUAAACAGCCCCUUAGCCUGAGCCUUGUGAGGCUGAUUCAGCUGGCAUGGGCCAGCAAUGGAGGUUUGAUUGCAGUGUUGAGAUCUUCAUGUAAUAGUCAAGAAUGUUGACAGAUUGACUGACCAUCCUGGAGAAAAUAAUUGCUUGUCUGUCCCCCCCAAAAAUUGCAACAUGGAUAGUGAUAGCUACACCCCCACUGACCUUUACCAGUGUGUGCAUCAAGCCAGAGCUAUGGGGGAAAUCUCUAAAGUGAGAGUGGGCACAAGAGGAAACUCUUUAUUCCCUGUCAGCCUUUGCCCUCUCUACUGAGACUGGCUUACAAAGGUCUGAAGUGGUGUCAGUUGUGUUGAGGGUGUCGUGACAUUAAUGCCUGUCACAGAGAACUGGGUGGAAACCAGCAGCUUGUUCUGUGGUUGUUUACAAAUUUGAAGAGAUAUGGACUAGAUUUAAAUGAAGACUGGACAAGUGAUUAGUAGGAGCAGUGAAAGAGCAGGCAUGUGAAAGUCUCCUGUUAUCCUCCCUACCCCUCCUGCCCCAUCUAUGUGGUGAGUUUCAAGACCAUGUGAGUGUAGGAAAGGGCCAUACGGAGUGAGGCAUUGAGGAGAGUGUCAAUGCUUAUCUGAUCUGAGUGAGGCACCCAAGGAGAAGGUGCACUGUUUGUGUAAAUAGUAAAGAACUUUUUAUUCUGUGUAUAAGGGACUCAGGCAAAAUGUAAAGAGGUUGUUAUGUGUAUUGAUCCACAGAGCAUCACAGAGUUAAAGAGGAUGAAGGAAGAAUAAUUUUAUUGUUAUAGUGUUUUAAAAAUGCAAGCAAGGAAAAGAAAUUGAUUAGGGGAACUCAGCUAGAAGUAAUGGCAAGAAGCAAGGCAAAAGAAAAUCUAAAGCUGACUAUCAUAACCAGCAUCUCCAUAAGAUGUAUUAGGCUGUAGAAUAAUCACUCCAGCAGUGGUGGAAACCUGGAGGCAUGUGUAACUUCCCAGGGUACAUUGCAUUGAGAGUCACUUUAUCAUCACCCCCUUUCAGCAGUGAGCAGGAAUCUUGCUUCUGCCUAUCUGGCUUUUGGCUCUCUAAUGGCCCCAGCAUGUUAGCCCCUCACGUGCUCUCCUUGGGGCUAGGCCAGCCCUUACUUUGCCUUGCAGGUAAACAGUAGGUGCACCCAUGUCCCGAAGUCCCUUUGAAGCAUUGCCUUGUGAUAUCCAGCUCCUCACAGAUGUUGGCUUCUCACAGAAGUACCAGACUUCUUGUUCCUAAAGGAACAGUGUGCACACCAGCUUGUAAGAUUCAGCUGAAGGCUAGUGGUUAGCUUAACACCACAGCCCUAAGUUAUAUUAAUAGUAAAAACAAAUUUGUUAUCACAGUCUAGAGAGUCCAGAGAAUGAAAACCACUGGCUGCAUAUAAACAAAAUCAAACACUCUCUUUCCAGAGAGUAAACAGAACUAACAGGUUAACUUUCUGUAUAAAGAAGUUUUUCCUCACCCAAUGUCCUUUUCAGCAUUUUCAAUGACGGUAAAUGCACUGCCCAUUUACUUCAUAAGUGAAGGAUAAAGGGGCAUCAUCUUUGUCUCUUACGUAUGCCCUCCCAAGUUCAUUGUACUCAAAGACAGGAUAACAACCCCUAGCUUGUUUUUCUUGGGUACUUUCCUAACAUCUGACUUCAUACGUAAAUAGGCAUCAGUGGUCUUAGCUUACGUGACAUUCUUUGGUGAACCAGCUUGUGCAGACCAGUAUUGGGAUGUUCCUGUAAACCCCCUUGCCAGUUGGCAUUAAGGGCCUGUUGGGUCACAUUGUUUAAAAUGACUGGACAAAGCACUGGAGCAGCUUACAGGACCAAUUUACCUCUGCCUCUAGUGGAAUAACCUCUCUCGGUAGAGUUGCAACCAGCUUCCUUUAACUUCCCUCCAUCCAUCUAAGCAUGACUGUUUUUUACUGAAGCCAAUGGAGGAGGUGGAAGAGGUGACAGAAUUUUAUCUCCAUCCAAACUGGGCACAGCUGCUUAUACGGAAGUGAAAGGAAACGCUCUGAGAGCUGAUUAAGUGAUUCCUUUACAUGCUGUUCCGUCCACAUUCCUCAACUGCCCAGAGGGGAAUUCUCAGCCCCAAGUGGCCUAGGGCAGCCCUCAGGGCUUUCCGAACUGGGCCUAUGCUGCAGUGCAGACACACUGGAAUGCAGCACUGCUUCAGCCACUCCUCCUUCCACUUACAUGAACCUUCAAAAGCCCUCUGCCCCAGCACACCCAGCAGGAGAGGGUGUAGUGCUGGCUCAGGCCUCUUACACUGGGAAUUUUCCCUGGGACUCUGGAUGCCUGUUUUAUGGCCCCUUAAAGGGUGCAAAGGAGCUGCAGGGCCACUAUCAAUGGAAUCCCCAAAGGAAAAUGUGCACAGAUCUAGUGUUCAGACUCAAAAAGUUACCUAGAAAGCUUAAUGCAGAGCUGGGAACUGAUUUUCAAGGACGGCGUAGGCUGACAGGCUGUUUCACCAUCCAGGGAAGGGAAACAAACUCCAUGACGAGGAGGAGGAGGAAAUUGGCCGUCCGAAAGAAGAACUUUACACUGAGAAACUAGCAAAGGUUGAAGCACCUUUGGAAGAAGCCACUAAAUUUGUAAAACCAUUGAAGAAUUUGGUGAAGAACAAAAUAGAGACCCAUCUUUUUGCUUUUGAGAUUUACUUCAGGAAAGAGGAAAUUUCUUCUGAUGCUGCAGUCUGUGUAGAGAGCAUUUCCUUUGACUCCAGUCAUCCUUGGCUUCAUGAGUGUAUGAUUCACCUCUUUGGCUAUGUAUCUGAAAGUAAAGAUCUACCAGAUGGUUCCUGUUCCUUCAAUCUUUCCAAUUCACUAUACAACAUCAGGCUGGAUGCCACCGUCUGGAUGCCAACCGGUCUGACCCAGGCUUAUACAGGCCCCCUGUGGAAUUGGCCAACGAAAGGAUCUGAGUCUCCACCCCCUUACCCAGAGGCCUGCCUGACACUGAGGCCUCUCUUUCUACUCUCGUGUGUGGCAGAGUCCUCAUAACCGUGACAAGGCUGGGCCCAGGCUUCCUGGGAGGCUCGACCCCCAACCUUAUCAUGGUCACUUAGAACAGGGGCUGGAGUGUCCCCACUCUGGGCUACCCCACCCGGUCCCCUGGUGUAACAGGCAGGAUUCUGCAUCCCGUAAUCUGAGGUCAGAUCUCAGUGGGACCCCCCUGGCACCUUGUUGGUUUGCUGGAGAGCCUGGAAACUCAAUGUGCUCAGCUCCCCUAUUCCCAUUUGUACACGAAUGAGUCUUUUCCUUCCUGCUGGGGGACUCACGCCCACUGGAGCCAGAGAUUUAUACAGCGGUUCCAGAGCGCACUUCUUAAACAGAAUGUGUCACCAUGCGGCUUUGGGGGUCUGACUCCCUGGGAGUGAAUCCCAGAGCAGUUCUGGGCAUGUCCUGACCGAGACAGGACUCCUCUAGAAGACAGGGCCAGGAUGAUAGGUGGAGACAGGCCAGAACUAGGCUCCCCCAAAACCAUCAGCUGGGUCCAAACAACAUUUUUGAAGGUGCGCCUGAGGGUGGAGCACCAGUCUCCUUCCAGGAUCCUUCUCGGCCUUUCAACAACCGCCUCUCCUAUUUCCUCCAUGCGUGGUUCCAUAUAACAUCAGACCAUUGGGUCCUACGUACGGUGGAAAGUGGAUACCUCCUUCAAUUUUCUCCCCCCUUCAGGGACCCUUCUAAUUAGUAACUCCUUCUACAGGAGGUGUGAACGCUCCUAGCUAUCACAGCUAUAGAGGAGAUUCCAAAGGAACUGAGAGGUAGGGGGUUUCACUCAUGUUGUUAUUUCCUAGUCCCCAAGGCAAAGGGAGGGCUAUGGCCCAUCCUAGACCUGCAUGGACUCAACAAAUCUAUGGUAAGGUUGAAGUUCCGCAUGGUUUCCCUGGGGACCAUUAUUCCUUCCCUGGAUCCUGGAGACUGGUAUCCCACCCUCGACAUGAAGGACGCGUACUCCCACAUAGUCAUUUACCUGCCGCACAGGCAUUUCCUUCACUUUGUGGUCAACCAACAGCACUUCCAAUUUACUGUCCUUCCCUUCGGCCUAUCUAUGGCACCAAGGGUCUUUACAAAGUGUAUGGCCGUCGCAGCUGCCUCAUGCCAUCAACAUCGGAUCCAAGCUCUCGCAGAAAAAGCCACCCACGCAGUGAUUUUAGUUCAGAGACACAAGCCUGAGGCCCGUUUAUUAACACACACUAACGCGUUGGGGGUAGCAGCUUUGAUUCUGCGCCCUCGAAAUAAGGCACAUCUUAACUUUGAAAGCUUAAAACCGCAAACAAAUUACACAUACUUGAGUAAGAAUUACCUUAUUUGGAAUACAAUACACAAGUUAGGGUCUUUUCGGUACUUUCCAGCACCCUUUUGCAACCUUGUCUUAUAUGAAUGUAAUUGGAGUUAGGGUAUUUCUGGUACUUUCCGGCAUUGCUACAACCUUGCCUUUUAUGGGGUGCAAUUACAUAAUUGCCUUUCAUGGGGUACAGUUACACAAAUGGGGUAGUUACACAAAUGGGGUAGGGGGAGGCAUGGUUACUCAUUUUAGAUGACUGCUUCACAGUGAUUGCUUUACACAAGUGAUUAUAUUUCAAAAGCAGUAGGCACAUACUGUAAAUUAUUCUUGUUGCUGGGGCUUUUUCACUCUCCUCCUUUUCAGUCCCCCUUCCCUCUCUGUGUCUCAACCUCUGGCCGCCACUGUCAGGGAGCACAACACUUAGCUUGGUUCAGGCCUGUGGCCUGUUAGCCGCAGGGCGGGCCUAGUCCAAGCAGAAAAACUUAGAUUAAUAGGGCUAGCUUAAUUUUCCCCCACAAAGUGUUUCCAUACCUCGACAACUGGCUCAUUCAGGGUCGAGCCAAGGACCAGUUACAAUCUCAUGUCCAGUACACCGUGAGCUUGUUCAGACAGCUGGGCCUGCUGCUCAAUGUCGAAAAGUCCACUUUGGAGCCAACCCAAAGAACAGACUUCAUCGGAGUGGUCCUAGACUCAAGACUCGCCCAUGCGUGCCUACCACACGGGCAUUUUCAUUCCAUGGCAAGCAUUAUCCACGGCCUCCAAAGCUUCUUGACCUCAACGGAACGGACGUGCCUCGGUCUCCUGGGACACAUGGCGUCUUGUACCAUUGUGACUAGACAUGCCAGACUGUGACUUGAUCUACUUCAGGCCUGGCUCUCAACUGUAUACUGUCCAGGCUGGGACAAUAUGGACACAGUGGUCACGGUACCGCUGGAAAUCUUAACCUCCCUGGGCUGGUGACUGAACCUCAACUCAGUAUGCGAAGGGGAAGCAUUCCAUACCCCACAGUCCUCCCUGGCCCUAACCACGGAUGAAUCAUCUUUGGGUUGGGGCACUCACCUUGUGGACCUUCGCACACAGGGCCUUUGGUCCACACAAGAGAUCCCUGCACAUCGAUGUAUGGGAGCUGAGAGCAGUGGCGUGUCAGAUGUUCCACAAGCACCUUCAGGGCCGUUGUGUUGCAGUUUUCACAGACAACACAAUGACCAUGUUUAAUAUCAACAAACAAGAGGGAGCACGUUCGUCCCCCCUUGGUCACGAAGCCAUUCACCUGUGGGAAUUCUGCAUAGCCCACUCGAUCGACCUGGUGGCGUCGCUUCUCCCUGGAGUCCAGAACACCUUGGCGGACCGCCUCAGCGGAUCCUUCCGGGCUCAUGAGUGGUCGAUUCGCCCGGACGUCAUCCACUCUGUUUUCCAAUUCCGCUUCUGUUGUGGCUGGACCUGAUCACUCAGGGACAUGGACGAUUCUGUCAUCCCGACCUGCCAUCCCUCCACCUCACAAUGUGGCUAACUCAAUCUGAGCUACGUUGCUCCCGCUCGGUGCAGAAAGUUCUUUUGGGUAGCAGAAAGCCCUCUACCAGGUCCAGGUAUUUGGCUAAGUGGAAGCGUUUUUCCUGCUGGUGUGCUCUGAGCAAUACUCCCCCCCUGGAGGUGUCAGUACCUACCAUCUGAGACUCUCUUUUGUCCUUGAAACAGCAGAGCCUAGCAGUUUUAUCCAUCAGAGUACAUCUAGCAACGAUUUCAACCUUUCACCUGGGUGAAAAUGGGCUCUCGGUCUUCUCCAAUCCCAUGGUCAGCAGGUUCCUCAAGGGUUUAGAACAUCUGUACCCGCAAAUUCGGCAUCUGGCCACUACGUGGGACCUCAGCCUGGUCCUAUCCAGACUCAUGGGUGCCCCAUUCGAGCCGAUGGCCACCUGCUUACUCCUCUGUUAUUCCUGGAAGACAGCCUUCCUCAUAGCUAUCACCUCGGCGAGAUGUGUGUUGGAGCUUAGAGCCCUCACGUCAGACCCACAGUAUACGAUGUUCCAGAAGGACAAGGUACAGCUGCAACCACACCCUGCCUUCCUUCCUAAGGUGGUGUCUGCCUUCCAUGUCAACCAAGACAUCUUCCUCCCAGUCUUCUAUCUGAAGCCGCACACUUCUCGACAAGAACAACAGCUGCACUUUUUAGACGUUCACAGGGCCCUCACCUUUUACAUCGAACGAACAACACCUUUCAGGAG